AUGCUCGAGAGUGAAGCUUUGAAAGCUCUUUACGAAAGGCAUUGUAAACAUGGUUUCCAGUACAGUUAUGGUACAGCCGGGUUCCGCUACAAGGCCAAUGUUUUGGACACGGUAAUGUUCACAACAGGCGUUUUGGCAGGUCUCAGGUCUCUUUAUCUUGGUGGACAGACGGUAGGCGUUAUGAUAACUGCGUCACAUAACCCACCAGAGGACAAUGGCGUGAAAAUUGUGGAGCCUAGAGGUGAGAUGCUCGAACAAAGCUGGGAAAAAUAUGCCACUCAACUUGCCAAUUGUGCUUCAGAAAGCUAUACUAGUUUUUUAACAAGCUUGCAGGAACUGGUUAAAGCGCUGGAAAUUGACACGACACUUCCAGCUAAGGUCAUUGUGGCCCGCGACUCGCGUGAAUCGGGCCCACGUCUGUUGGAGGCGUUUAAAGCUGGUUUGAAGACCUUUCCAGCUUUAAUUAACAAAGAUUAUGGCAUUUUGACCACUCCACAAUUGCAUUUUUUGACGAGUAAAACCAAUGAGCUACCCCAAACUGUAGACAAGAAUGAAGCCCUAUAUUACCAAGAGUUUCUUUCGGCUUGGGAUGAAAUCACAGCAGUUGAUGGCAUUGACAAGCUACCUUUCGAGCUGAAAAUUGAUGCCGCCAACGGUAUCGGGGGUCCAAAGAUAAAGGAAAUGCUUUCGCAACGCGAAGCUUUCAAAGGGGCAUAUGAAGUUUUGAACGCCGAUUGGCAAAAUUAUGCCGCGCUCAACUAUUGUUGCGGGGCAGACUUUGUGAAGACAAAUCAAAAACUCCCACAUGGUAUAAGCGUCAGCGAAACGUUCAACGCGAACCGUAUCAAUUGCUCAUUUGACGGAGAUGCCGACAGAAUAGUUUUCUAUUACAGCGAUCCUAAGGGUCAUUUCAAAUUGCUAGAUGGUGAUAAAAUGGCUACCCUAUUUGCCAAGUUCUUCCAGCAACUUCUGCAGAGCAGUGGAUUGGAAAAAGAGGUUGAAAUGGGUGUUGUUCAAACUGCAUAUGCCAACGGAAGCUCCGCUGACUACCUCGAACAAGUUUUAGGCGUAACAGUCAAGUGCACGUCUACAGGCGUAAAACAUCUACAUCACGAAGCGGUUAAAUUUGACAUUGGAAUCUACUUUGAGGCUAACGGCCACGGUACGGUCGUUUUCUCAUCGAAAUGUGUGGAAUUGUUGAAAUCGAAGCUUGCCGCGCACCCGCAAACAUCCUCAGAGUCCUACAAAUCCUUGAAACUGCUAUCAGUUUUCACAAAGCUUAUAAACCAGACAGUGGGAGAUGCUUUGUCAGACAUGCUUGCUGUCUUGGCCGUUCUGCUGACUUUGCAGUGGACGCCUGAAAAGUGGGAUGCAGAGUAUACGGACUUACCCAACCGUUUGAUCAAAGUCGUGGUGCAAGAUAGAAAUAUGUUCAAAACGACAAAUGCGGAGAGACAGCUUGUAAGCCCAGCCAAUCUCCAACAAAAGAUCGACGCUCUUGUGUUGAAAUUCGACAAAGCGAGGUCAUUCGUGAGGGCAAGUGGAACUGAAGACGCCGUGAGAGUGUAUGCGGAGGCGGCAACGAGGGAACAGGCCGACAAAUUGGCCGCAAUGGUGGGAGAACUUGUUGAGAAUUGUUAG